CCGGGGUCGCUCGGGAUGCUGCGGGUGCUGCGCGGCGCCGGGGCCGGGGCGCGGCUGCUGGGCCCGGGCCGGGGCGGGGGCGGGGCCCGGGCACGCCCCCGGCUCCUCGGCCUCCAGCAGCGGCUGCCGCCGCCGCCCGCCCCGGUCCCGGUCCCGGCCGCCGUGGGGCGGUGGCUGCUCGCCUGUAGCGGGGCCGUGGCCGGGGCCGUGGUGCUGGGCGGCGUCACCAGGCUGACGGAGUCCGGCCUUUCCAUGGUCGACUGGCACCUGGUGAAGGAGAUGAAACCCCCGAGGACGCAGCAGGAGUGGGAAGCGGAGUUCCGGAAGUACCAGCAGUUCCCCGAGUUCAGAAUCCUGAAUCACGACAUGACGCUGACAGAGUUCAAGUUCAUUUGGUACAUGGAGUACUCCCAUCGCAUGUGGGGCCGCGUCGUGGGCUUGGCCUACAUCCUGCCAGCUGCAUACUUCUGGAGGAAGGGCUGGCUCAGCCGCCCCAUGAAGGGCUGCGUUCUUGCGCUCUGCGGGCUCGUGUGCUUCCAGGGGCUGCUGGGGUGGUACAUGGUCAAGAGCGGACUGGAAGAAAAGCCAGACUCCUACGACAUUCCUCGGGUCAGCCAGUACCGCCUCGCAGCACAUCUCGGCUCCGCGCUGGUUCUUUACUCUGCCAGUCUGUGGACGGGGCUCUCUUUGCUGCUGCCGCGACACCAGUUACCUGAGACCCGUCAGCUCCUGCGCCUGAGGCGCUUUGCUCAUGGCACUGCAGCUCUCGUUUUUCUUACGGCCCUUUCAGGUGCCUUUGUGGCAGGGCUGGACGCUGGCCUUGUGUACAAUUCCUUCCCCAAAAUGGGGGAACGCUGGAUCCCAGACGACCUUCUUGCCUUCUCCCCCACGCUGAGAAAUGUCUUUGAGAAUCCUACAACCGUACAGUUUGAUCACAGGAUCUUGGGAGUUGCCACAGUCACUGCCAUCACGGCGCUGUACCUCUUCUCGCGGAAGAUCCCGCUCCCUCGCAGGACCAGGACGGCAGUGGCUUCCUUACUGGCUGUGGCUUGCGUGCAGGUGGGCCUGGGCAUCGGCACCCUGCUGCUCUACGUCCCCACGCCGCUGGCCGCCACGCACCAGUCGGGCUCCCUGGCGCUGCUCAGCGCGGCCCUGUGGCUCGCGGCCGAGCUGCGGAGGCUGCCCAAGUGAGCGCGGAGGCCGGGAGGCACGGCCUCCACCACCGCGGAGGCCGGGCAAGGAGGUCGGGCUGCGCGCCAUAAAGGAGCUGCUACCGCC